CAGCACGGCCUCAAUGAAGCCAGCAGGCGCCUGCCGCAGCAUGCCAGCGGCGGGCGCCAGCUGCCUGCGGCCAUGUCCCAGGCCGCGGACGGCCCGUUCCAGAUCCACACCAUCGCUGCGCCCGCGGCCGCGAAGGCCUCGCACGGCGGGGCAGCGCUGGCCGAGGACCUGCUGGACGAGACGGUGCACGUGAGGAGGCAGAGCCACAGCGCCGUGGCGGCGCCGCUGCCCGUGGGCCACGCAGGCGGCGGCAGCCAGCCCGUGCCCCCGGUCCCGGCCGGCCACGCCGCCCAGCAGCCUGCCGUGGCGGGGUCGGCCCCCGCGGUCGCCGCGGGGGCGCCGGCGACCGCCAAGGCCACGGCGGCGCCCGCGGAGGCUCCCAAGACCGCGCCCAGCGUACCGCCCAAGGCGGCGCCGCCGUCGCCGUCGUUCGCCUCCAGGUUUCCCGGCAUCUUCGGCUUCGGCCAGAGGGCAGGCCGCCCGGAGGCUCACAAGAAGGAGGCUCACGCGGCCGAGGCCGGAGCGGCGGAGGCCAAGGCAGCCGUCGACGUCCAGCAGAUCUUGCAGGAGGUCCAGACGCCGAAGGCCAGGGCGACCGCGUCGAGCCUCCCCAGGGCGCCGCCCGCAGCUGCGCCUGCGGCGGUGUCCGCGGCGGCGCCU